AUGUACGUAUAUCUCUCUCUCAGCUCGCAAGACAAAAAAAACACUCGCACAAAAAAAAAGAAAUCGAUACAAUACAACCUAGCUCUCUCUCGCGAUGCAAACCCAGCGCCGUCCUCCACCGGCGACGAGAUUGAACCUCAGCGCCGUCCUUUAAUCAACUCACCACCACCGCCUUAUCUCAGCAGUCGUUCUCUCUCUCUCACUCGCGCAGUCGUCCUCUCUCUCUCACUCGCGCAGUCGUCCUCUACCCUCACGAACCCUAACUCCAAAUCGAAGGUUGUCUUUCAUUCUCCAGCCUCUACUCUCACGAAUCGAAGGUUGUCCUCCUUUCUCCGGCCUCUACUCUCACGAAUUGAAGCUUGUCUUUCUCUUUCACAUCGAUUCAGGUUUGAGAGAGUGGUUACAUUUUAUUUCUCAGAGUUAGUAAUAUCCAUUACGAUGCCAAUGUGGAUGGAUGGCGGGAUCUUGAUUGGAGUAGCAAGGCCAUACAUAUUGCUGCUAGAAACCAAACAAAGUGGUCACAUUAAGUUGCUAAGUAGUCUUUGUUUACCCUUCAGAAAUGGUAGAAAAAUAGGUUGAGAUUGUAAGGGAAGAAGGAUUGGAGAUAUCUCAACC